AUGUCGCUCAAGACUUAUUUCGACUAUCCCUACUCAUACAUAUCCGCGGCACUCUUUCUUUUCACCAUAACAUGUCUUUUAUUACUCAACACUCGACGUAAACGAGGCCUCAGAGACAUCCCGGGCCCCUUUGCCGCUAGCAUUCUCCCCCUCGACCGAAUACUGACCACGUACUCUGGUCACCAAUUCGCGAAGCAUCUGGCAUACCACGAGCAAUACGGACCCAUCGUCCGGAGCAACUUCUACACCCUCUUCCACGCCAAAUCACCGGUCGGAAGCAUCCCAACAGUGUUCUCCAUCACUGACCCGCAAGGACACCGGGAUCUCAAACGGCCCGUCGGGGCAGCAUUCGCACUAAGCGCUCUCCUCGAUCUUGAGACUCUUGCGGACGAAUGUACCGCAAUUCUCCAGCGCAAACUCGACGGAUUGGAAGGCCAAAACAUCGACCUGGGCACGUGGCUCCACUGGUACGCGUUCGACGUCAUCAUGUACAUUACCUUUUCGAACUCGAUAGGGUUUCUGGAGCGGGAAGAGGAUGUCCAGGGCAUCAUCGCGGCCAUUGAAGGACGCCUGUUCUAUAACUCGAUCGUCGGGCAGGUCCCGUACAUGCACAGGCUCCUCUUGGGGAACAGUGUUGUGUCCAGGCUCGCAGAUCUGGUACCCUCGCUUGCCAGGCUGAAUUCGGCACGGUCCAUUGUCAAUUUCGCGGCGGCCCAGCUGUCUCGACGACAGACUGCGGCGGCGGAGCAUGGGAAAAAGGACAUUGUCGCGCGCUUCAAGAGAACCAAAGAAGGAGAACAGGUCAUGACGGACAAGGAAUUGUUGGGUCAUGCUUCGUCAAAUGUAUUCGCUGGUAGUGACACCACUGCCAUCUCGUUACGGGCAUUGUUCUACUACCUUUGCAAGAACACGAGAGCAUACAACAACCUCGUGGACGAGAUACUGGCCUUCGAUGACAGGGGUGAGCUGUCAGAGUUCGUCACAUACGCGGAAGCUCAACGGAUGCCAUAUUUCCAAGCAUGCAUGAGAGAGGCGCUUCGUAUGCAUCCCGCUGUCGGACAAUUGUUGGAGAGAAUAGUGCCGGCCGAAGGUGCUACCGUCUCGGGCCAUUUUUUACCUGGUGGGACCAUCGUGGGCAUGAAUCCCUGGGUGGCAGCUAGAGACAAGAGUGUCUAUGGUGUAGACGCUGAUAUUUUCCGGCCCGAAAGAUGGCUUGAGGCCAGUGAAGCUACGCUGAAGCUGAUGGACCGGAACUGGCUUGCGUUCGGAGCCGGUGCGAGGACAUGUCUGGGCAAGAACAUCUCGUUGAUGGAGAUGUCCAAGCUCGUACCUCAACUCUUGCGACGAUAUCAUGUUCAGCUUGCUGAUCCGGCGGCGGAGUGGACGUUGCAUGAUUACUGGUUCGUGAAGCAGGAGGGUCUGAGGUGUGUGUUGACAAGGCGAACAAGGAAAGACAGGAGGAAGACGACACUAUAG